GACGCAAGGCAGCGUAUGGCUAACCGCACCAUCCGCAAGCUGAGGUUACGGUAUCGAUCGUUUUCACUCGCGUCCUCCUCGACGCAGCAGCGAUGAUCAAUCAUUGACCAUCCGACCACAUACAUCGCCUAACAUUUUGGGCCGCCUCGGCCCGGCCAUUUGCUCCCUCUAGUGCGUCGUCGGCGUUAGAUUAGCAUCUUCGCAUCGCGCUUCUCACUCCCCUACUCUCGUCACUCCCGCUGCUUUGGCCGUUGUGGAAAACUAAGACUAAAUGGGCGAAGCGUUGAACUUAAGUUCGAUGGCACCGCCUGCACGCGCUGGAUUGUCACUAGUGCAAAGGAACCAAACAAAUAAUUUUGCCCCUCAACAUGCUGGGAAGCUUACACGUCAACAUGGAAGCGCGAAUCUGCUAAGGGAUACCAAACGUGGAAUCAAAGAAGCCAAACCUAAGCCGUCGACGGUCAAUGCAGCGCCCGCCUUUUCACGCUCUCGAUCUUUUGCGCCAGCUGUAAAUUCGAACUUUGAAGUUUAUUGUGACGAUGACAAUGAUGAGAACAAUAUCAUACAUCAAUUAGAGAAGAAAUGUCGGGAAGAAGAAUUAAAUAAACAAGAGCAGAAGGUAAGUGUAGCAGCACCAGCGCGUAAGCCAUUAGGAGAUCUUCCCAUUUCCUCUCUUGACUUCAAUUCCGAUGAAGAUGAAGUCUUUUCGACGGUAUCCCAUAUCCCUUCCUUCCCAGCCACCAUACGAUCUGAUUUUUCUAACUUUGGAGUUAAUGAUGAUGACGAUGCUAAAUCAUCUCAUUAUGGCAGCGCACUCGAUUUUGAAACAGAUAGUCGUGAUGAAUAUAUGACAGCAGUAUCCGAGAAAGAAUUACGCGAGGACAUCACCUUUAUGAAUGUCGAAUUUUCUGAUGAUAUCUAUAGGUACAUGCGAGAUAGAGAAACAAAAGUUCGAGCCAAAGCUCAUUAUAUGACGCGACAGACUGAUAUAAAUCCUGAAAUGAGAGCUAUCCUUGUGGACUGGUUAUCAGAAGUAGCCCAGGAAUACAAAAUGCAUCAGGAAACGUUACAUCUUGCUGUCUCGUUAGUAGAUAGGACUUUAUCGAAAUUUCGCACAAAUCGGGAUCGUUUGCAGUUGAUCGGAACAACUGCUAUGAUGAUAUCAUCAAAAUAUGAAGAAAUUUAUCCACCUGAGCUGAAAGAAUUUGUCUAUGUCACUGAUGACACUUAUACGGCAGAGCAGAUUCUUCAUAUGGAGCGCAUCAUUCUGAAUGAACUGCACUUUGAUGUCGGGACUCCGACCUCCCAAUGGUUUGGCGGUCGAUUUGCCCGACAUCAACGUGCUACACGAAAGACCGUCAACGCAAUGAAUAUGCUACUCGAUCUAGUGCUACUCGAGGUCGAAUAUAUUGCAUAUAGACCGUCGUAUAUUGCAGCUGCUUGCCUUUGCUACGCGAAUGUUCUCACAGGACCUAAACCAUGGUCGACCGAAAUGGAGCACUGGUCAGGUAUAUCUAUCGCAAAUAUCACCACCUUGCUUCGCGAUGUGCAUAACACCUUCCGAUUGUCCUCCACGUCAAAAUUCCGGUCCAUUCCUCAACGAUAUGGCACACCUGAAUUUGACUGCGUCGCCGAUCUCCCACCACCAACCCAACUCCCUUUAUGAUGAGUCCUCAGUAUUUUGAUACUUUUAUGUUGCUAUAAUACUGCCAUCAUUUUGUUUUCGAGAUCUCAUUCAGAAUCCACAGACUUUCAUCAUGUACGCGGUAGUCUAUGCUAUUUACCUUCGCGCUUGCGAGCUAAGCCCUUAAAUAAGACCUGCGCACUUCAACUUUUCUCUGAGGUUGUACAGAUAGACAUAAUUUCAUGUGUCUCGAAAACUUUCGUGAUCAGCAUAUAUAAAUGUUCUAGGUUGCAGCUUAGAAUAUUGGAGUAUUAGCUGUUUACAUUGCUCUAACAAAUCACCUUAAAACUGCCCAGGAAUUUGCAUGUACCCAUCAUAUUGAAAAAAACCCCUCCAUAUUGACCUACUAACCCUUUAAACACCAAUCAGCUAUGUAUCAUAUGUGUCUAAAACGACCAAUUAUGCUUAUAUAAUUUGUAUGCUGUGGAUAAAGGAAAAAU